CUACAUUUGAUCUCGCAUGGAGCAUCAACAACCACCCCCGAAGCGACGAAAACUCGACCCCGGACACAAUCCCCAGCAACUUUCCCACCAUGACUACACCAUCGGCUGGGUAUGUGCUCUUGCCAUCGAGGCAGCAGCAGCAACAGCCAUGCUGGAUGAGAUCCAUCCAGCCUUGCCCAUCCACCCGCGCGACAGCAACUCGUAUACCCUCGGGUCCAUCGGCCGUCACAAUAUCGUGAUCGCUUGUCUCCCCGCCGGUGUCUACGGCACCACAUCGGCAGCCACUGUCGCCAGCAACAUGUUCAUCAGUUUUAGAUCGAUCCGCCAUCUACUUAUGGUUGGGGUCGGAGGAGGGGCGCCUUCCGCCUCAACGGAUAUUCGGCUUGGGGAUGUCGUGGUUAGCAUCCCCACCCCCCGUUUCGAGGGCGUGGUGCAGUACGACUAUGGCAAGACCAUCGCACAAGGGCACUUCGAACGAACAGGCACUCUAAACAAACCAUCCACUUCCCUUCUGACGGCAGUCAGCAACCUUCGGGCGGCGGACCUCCGCAAUGGCAGCCAGAUACCCGUCCUGAUGUCGCAGAUGUUGGCGCGUAAUCCGCAAAUGGCGGAGACAUUCACGUCCCCGGGCUGUCAGAGGGACCUCCUCUUUGCUCCGGACUAUGAACAUGACCCAGCGGGACCGACAUGCGAAUUUUGCGACCGUGAAAAACUGGUGAGCCGGUCGACACGCAGCUCCGAUCGGCCGGUUGUUCAUUACGGCCUGAUCGCAUCCGGAAACCAGGUCAUCAAGCAUGCACAAACGCGCGACCGAUUGACAGCGGAGCUCAAUAUCCUUUGUUUCGAAAUGGAAGCAGCCGGGCUAAUGGACAACUUUCCAUGUCUUGUCAUUCGAGGUGUUUCGGACUACUCGGACUCGCACAAAAACAAGGACUGGCAGGGCUAUGCGGCUGCGACCGCGGCUGCAUAUGCAAAGCGGCUGCUUGCUACGAUCGGUGCCUGCGGCCCUGGGCCUAUCCCUGACCCUGCUGUUUCCGGGGCAAUCACGGCUGUCCAGCACCGUGCAUCAAUGAUGGAUGCUCUGCGAUUCGAUCAACUCGAGAGUCGGCAAGCUACAAUAAAGCCCGCGCAUGCGAAAACCUGCAAGUGGCUUCUUGAGAAGCAGGAGUAUGUGGACUGGCUGGACAGCAAUCAUUUCCCCGAGCACCGUGGCUUCCUCUGGAUCAAGGGUAAGGCAGGGAGUGGUAAAUCCACCAUGAUGAAGUUCGCGUUCCUGCAGGCCGAUGCAACAAUGGAUGCAGACACCAAGGUCGUCUCAUUCUUCUUCAAUGCCAGAGGGGAUGAUUUGGAAAAAUCAACAUUAGGAAUGUACCGAUCCUUGCUGGUACAAUUGCUUGAAAAGCUUCCAGAACUCCAAACUCUUCUGGACGAACUUGACCCUAAGCGCUGGGACGAGAAGUAUCCUUGGGGUCAUGAGAUACUUCAGCACAUCCUUCGCAAGUCCAUCUCACUGCUUAGCGGUCGGCGUGUUAUCUGCUUCAUUGAUGCCCUGGACGAAUGCGAAGAGGAAGAGGUCCGCACCAUGGUUGAUUUCAUCCAAUCCCUCGGAGAGCAUGCAAUUUCAUCAAGCGUUCAAUUUCAUGUCUGCUUCUCAAGCCGUCACUACCCUCACAUUGCCAUCGACAAUGGGCUGGAACUAAUACUUGAGGACCAAGAAGGUCACGCUGAUGAUAUUACUCGAUACCUUCGCAGCGAGCUGAAAAUUGGGCGCAGUAAGCAAGCCGACGAUAUUAGAUGCGAGAUACAGGCGAAAGCCUCUGGGAUCUUCUUAUGGAUGGUGCUUGUUGUACAGAUCCUAAACCGCGAAUUCCAGCGCGGUCGCUUGCAUGCCCUUCGUAACAGACUUCGUGAAAUUCCAGCCAAACUUGGUGAUCUUUUCAAAGACAUACUCACCAGGGAUACUGUGAACAUGGAAGACCUCUUAUUGAGUAUACAAUGGAUACUAUUCGCUAGACGACCCCUCAAGCGAGAGGAGCUCUAUUUUGCCAUUCUUUCCGCAGACCCUGACAAUUUAGCGGAGGCCUGGGACCCUGAAGACAUAACUGAGCAGGACAUCGAUCGAUUCAUUCUGAGCACCUCCAAAGGACUGGCUGAAACAACCAAGUCAAAAGCAAAGACAGUUCAAUUCAUCCAUGAGUCGGUCAGAGACUUCCUGCUGAAAGAGAAUGGACUGCGCCAACUAUGGCCUGAGCACCAAGGGAACUUUGAGGCUUCAAGUCAUAAUCGACUGAAGCAGUGUUGCAACAAUACCCUCCUUGCCAAAGCUAGCACUCACAUUGCAGAUGAGGAGUAUAUUGCAACUGCUUCCAGGGACGAGCUCAAGGCCUUGUGGGACUCUGCCUCUCGAAGAGUUCCAUUUCUCGAAUAUGCGGUGCGCAACGUCCUUCAACACUCUGAGGCCGCAGAAAGGGGUGGCAUCCGCCAGGGAUGCUUUCUUGGCAACUUCAAUUUCCCCCGCUGGAAGCGUUGCAGCAACGCUUUCGAGAGGUACAAAUCCCGUCGGCACACAGAGUCUGCAUGUCUUCUUUAUAUCGUUGCGAAAUACGACCUAUCGAAUUUAUUUCGGUUGAUAUGUAAAGACAAGCCAUGUGGUUAUAUACCGAGCAGGCGUGACCUUGACUUUCUGGUUUUCUAUGCUGUCAGGAAUGACAUUAUGGAAUUUCUCGAUAUUAUCAACCAAAACCAGCUGCAAGACGUUUCAGCUGCCCCUAGCGCUUGUAUCGAAAUGGCGCUUCAUUGCACCAUCAAGUUUGAUCGACAAGCCAUGUUCACGAACUUAUUGACAAAUAACCGUGUUGACCUCAAUUUACCAGACAAAGAUGGGAAGCAGUGUCUACAUUACGUGAUCCAGUACGGCCGCGAAUUCAUGUUCAACCGAAUCUUGACCAUGCGUGAGAUUGAUCUGAAUGCGCCUGAUAGAGACGGGGACACGCCUUUACACUACACAAUCCGAUUCGACCAGAACGGCAUGUUCAGUAAGCUUCUUACUGCGGAUAAUAUCGCUUCGAGUGUUAAGAACAAGUCUGGACAAACUCCAGUACACUAUGCCAUCAAGUACGAACGGGAGACCAUGUUCAGUCGGCUGAUAACGAGGCACCGCGUCGAUCUCACUACCUCGUCAUACUACGACAUCGAACGUAACAAGUCCAAUCGAGUGUCAAAGAUCCAGUCUGAUAGUGCCAACAGGCUGGAGAGAGGUGACAAGGAACCGUUGACAUUGGCAUUCGCUCACGUAAAUGACACUAUGGCCAAUCCGAAUUUGGAUAUAAGCCGUUUGAAUGUAUGUAUUACUUACCUUCCGUUAUACCUUCUCUCCAACUUGCAAGGCGCUUAUACGCAUAUGAUUUCCUGCUAAAUUGAUCUUUUUCUAGCACCGCCAGGGUGCCCUAUCAGACGAAGAUUGGAACAGCGUGCUCCAAUAUGCUGCAGUUAGCAGGUGGAGUAAAGGCGUAGAGCCACUAAUUGCUAUGGAUGGUUCUUUCCCCAGCUUGACUAGGUCGUGCGCAGAAGCCGUACUGCUCUACGCUGCAUGGGUUGGCCAUAAAGCUCUUGUGGAUAAGGUGCUAGCUACGGGGAAGGCUGACCCGAAUACGAAGUGCUUAGGAGAUGGGAUGACAGCACUUGCUUACGCUGCAUCUGGAGGCUACACAGAAAUUGCCAGACACCUACUCUCGACAGAAGGCAUUGAUGUCGAUGCCAAGAACUUACAGGGAGCGACACCUCUUGCCC